AUGAACAAGCUUGAAAUCGAAAAUGCCGAGGCCAACACAAUCUUCAAAACGGCAUUGAAGGACGCCGCUGCGUGGAACGAGUCUCUCGACUGGCUCCCAGUCCACACAUUCGUCUAUCGAGAGGUAGAUGGUAUCAAGAUUGAGGCAGAUGUUUAUGUGCCAGACACGCCGGUGGGCCAGCUCGACCAACGACCUGUGGUACUGUUCAUCCAUGGCGGUGGUUGGAUGGGAGGUAUCCGUACCGACAUACCUAGGACGAUUUUGUACGAGUUCCUAAUAAGAGGGUUCAUCUUUGUUUCGAUUGAUUAUCGUCUGGUCCCAGAAGCGGAUUUCGUUACGGGCCAGUUAGACGAUAUUACCUCGGUGGAGACUUGGAUUCGGGAGAAGCUUCAAGCGUCACUACAAGAUCGAAACUUACAAGUCCUAGUCAACACUGAUUCUAUGAUCGUUGUGGGAGCUUCUGCGGGAGCUCACUUGGCAUCACUAACGCCGAAAAUUUGGCAGAUUCCUCCCAAAGCCCUUCUCCUGCUCGCCGGGCCAAGUAACCUUCUUGCACCCCGAGUUCCAAAAAGGUCUCCCCCGGACGGUAGAUUAGCUCCACUUCUCCACCACGUACCCCUGGAUCCAUCACCGGAAUUCAUCAAGUCAGCCAUGUUUGACAAGCCUCAGACGAAUACAAUCCCUGCUGUUGGGUUAGAAGGCUUUCUACAGCCACGGUCCUUACUCCACCUUUCAAGAAUCCUUAAACAGGUGACCAGCGAAUUCUUGCUUCGAGGUAUUGUGGACGGGAAAUUGCCCGAGAAAGGAAGUGUUCCUGAGGACGAGAUCAAAUACAUCAGUGCCUUCUACACUGAUCCGAUUACUUCAUAUCCGCCAACGUUUCAAAUCAUCGGCGAUAGCGAUGAAGCCUGGGAUGCCUCGCAGUUAACUUCGUUCCAUGACAAGUUACGGCAAAAUGGCAUUCCGUCCGCCGUCCUCGUCGUGCCUGAAGCAGUACAUGCCUUUGAAAACGACUCCAAGGUUGGGGACCCGGUGCAUUUGAAGUAUUUAGCGACGGGAGUGGAUUUCGUGUGUAGGUUCGUUGGGGAGAAUGGCGGAGAGAAAAGCAAAAAUUGA